CCUCUCUUCCUAGCUGCGUUUGGAUGAAACUCAAGAGGCAGAAUACCAAGUCCUAAGGAUGCAGCUGCAGCAGGAACUCGAGCUGCUGAACGCUUAUCAGAGCAAAAUCAAGAUCCACACUGAGGCACAGCAUGAACGUGAGAUCAAAGAGCUGGAGCAGCGGGUGUCCAUCCGCAGGGCCCUCCUAGAGCAAAGAGACGGUUCCAGUCCAAAAGACACACACACACACCGACAGCAGUUUGUCCGGCUGGAUUUACACAGAGCUCAUCGGAGCCCUUUAUUUUUUCAACCGGUCUCAACACGAGUUUCUCUUGAAUGAUGUUCUCCUUGAACUACAUUCUGGAACAGAAAAAUCACAGUGGUUGAAUGGUGUUCACAUUGAUUGUAGUGUACAGGAAAUUCCUUUUGAAAAGGUGUGGUCUGGAUCAGUUUUCUCUAAAGUAUGUGCAAAAAUAAAUCAAGAAUGA